ACUGAACGCCACCGCUGCAAAUCGCCAUCGCCCUCUGUCUAAUGGACUCCUCAUUUCUGGGGGAUCCUCACCCAAUCUCACCUCAUCGCAGACCAGCGUCGCACGCCAUUGCUAGCUCCACCGCCACCGCUAGCGCCACCGCCGGAUCCUCACAGGGUCAUUUAAAAUGACAGAGCCUUCCAAAGUCAUUCAUGUACGCAAUGUGGGGCAUGAAAUUUCUGAGCCUCCAGCACCAUCGUCACAUCUUUACCCGGUUUUAAUGGCACUCUUCCUUUCUCACUUGAGACCGGAUAUGUGGGUGUGGGUGACAUGGAUGAUGUGCAGCUGUUUUACUAUUUUGUGGAGUCUCAGAGGAACCCUGCUCAAGAUCCUCUAAUGCUUUGGCUUACCGGCGGCCCUGGCUGUUCUUGCCUCACUGCUUUCUUCUACGAAAGUGGUCCAGUAUAUUUCGAAUUUGAGGGCUACAAAGGUGGCUUACCAACGUUGCGUUUAAACGAAUAUACAUGGACUCAGCGCGCCAAUAUACUAUAUGUAGAUGCACCUGUUGGGACUGGAUUCUCUUACUCAGAAUCCCAAGAAGGUUACUAUGUGGAUGACUAUAAAUCAGCAAAACAGAUUUAUGAAUUUUUAAGAAAGUGGUUGAAAAGUCAUCCUGAAUUUUUGGAAAAUAAUCUAUACAUUGGUGGUGAUUCUUAUUCAGGCAUAAUAGUACCAAUGGUCGUUCAAGAGAUCAUCGAUGGUAAUGAAUUGGGAAGGCAGCCGAAUAUGAACCUUAAAGGAUAUAUUCUUGGAAAUCCAGUGACAGAUUCAUAUGUGGAUGUCAAUUCAAGAAUUCCAUUUGCUCAUAGGCUAACACUUAUUUCUGAGGACCUGUAUUGGGCAGCAAAAGCAAGUUGCAAUGGUGAUUAUGUGAAUAUAGAUAAUGAAGAUUGUGAAUUAAAUAUGGAAGCCAUUGAUGAGUUGAUCCUAGACAUAAAGUUCGCACAUGUUUUGGAACCUUAUUGUGGGUACGCAUCCCCAAGACCACAUGAGGGAAAAUGGCGUCAAAGAUCUCUCAAAGAGCACCCUAAAGAUCCCCUCCGCUUACAACCUAUUGGUCCUGCAUAUUUUUGCCAGGAUUACCUUUAUGUUCUCUCCGAGAUAUGGGCAAAUAACGAGACUGUCCAAGAAGCUCUCAAUGUUCGAUCGGGGACAGUAGGAGUUUGGCAGAGAUGCAAUGGCAGCUUAGCUUAUACAAAAGAUGUAACAAGUACUAUCGCUUAUCAUCAAAAUCUAACUGCAGCUUCCCUCCGAGCUUUGAUAUACAGUGGUGAUCAUGAUAUGUCAGUUCCAUACAUCGGUACACAACAAUGGAUUAAUACUCUAAAUUUGACUCUGAGUAACGUUUGGCGAGCAUGGUUUGUCGAUGCUCAAGUUGCAGGAUAUGUGAGGAGGUUUACAAAAGACAAUUAUGCUUUGACGUAUGCAACUGUGAAGGGGGCAGGUAAUCUAGCUCCAGAAUACAAGCAAAAGGAAUGUUACACCAUGAUCGAUAGGUGGUUUGCUUAUUAUCCUCUGUAAUUGACAACUAGCUUCCUCUGCUUGCUAUCUAUGGAUGAGAGUAUGUGUGUAAAUAUCACUAGAAAUUUGGCUCCUCUUUAUUUCUAGUGUUAAAACUACUAUCUGAUAAUGCCGUGUAUUAUGGAGCUUGAGAUUCAAGCCAAAACAACAACAAUAAAUGUGUCUCAGUU